CCUCCUCCAACCUCCCCCUACUCCCUAAUCCUAACUCCUCCUCUUUCACCUUCAUUUCCCCUUCCCUCCCCAAUUCUCUCUUUUGCAUUAAUCCCUUUCUGCCUGCCUCCUCUUCACCUCCUUUUGCACCCUCUCUCCAACUCUCUCUGUCCCUCUCCCUAUCCCACAACUCUCUCUGUCCCUCUCCCUAUCUCCAACUCUCUCUGUCCCUCUCCCUAUCCCACAACUCUCUCUGUCCCUCUCCCUAUCCCACAACUCUCUCUGUCCCUCUCCCUAUCUCCAACUCUCUCUGUCCCUCUCCCUAUCCCACAACUCUCUCUGUCCCUCUCCCCUCCCACAUCUCUCUCUGUCUGUCUCCCUAUCCCACAUCUCUCUCUGUCCCUCUCCCUCUCCCUAUCCCCAACCCUCUCUGUCCCUCUCCCCCAUAUCUCUCUGUUCAUCUCUCUAUCCCCAUCUCGCUCUGUCCCUCUCCCCUCCCCCAUCUCUCUCUGUCCCUCUCCAUUUCCCCCAUCUCUUUGUCCCUCUCCCUACUCCCUAUCUCGCUCUGUCCCACUCCCUAUCCCCCAUCUCUCCUGUCCCUCUCCCUAUCCCCCAUCUCUCCUGUCCCUCUCCCUCUCCCUAUCCCCCAUCUCUCCCUGUCCCUCUCCCAAUCCCUCAUCUCUCCCUGUCCCUACCCCUAUUCCCCUUCUCCCUGUUUCACUCCCCUCUCCCCCCUCCCCAGAUGAGAUUGAGAUGCUGGAGCGUCUGUGGCUGUCUGGUAUCUGUCACAAUGAUAAGAUUGAGGUGAUGAGCAGUAAGCUGGACAUAGACAACAUGGCAGGUGUCUUCUACAUGCUGCUGGUGGCUAUGGGGCUCAGUCUGCUGGUAUUUGCCUGGGAGCACCUGGUCUACUGGCGGCUCAGACACUGCAUGGCUACCAGCUCCGGGAGACUGGACUUCCUACUGGCCAUCAGUAGGGGCAUGUACAGUUGUUGUAGCUUUGAGGAUGAAACCACGCCGGGUGGGGCCAAAUCCUCCAUGGCUAUGCUCCCCCACCAUCAUGGCACCAUGGUAACAGUCCCGCCCCCGCCACACUUGGUCGGUGCGUCGUCAACCAACCCGGCCCUGACCAUGGCGCAGCAGCAACAGCAGCAACAGUCACAGCCCGUCUACAAAACACAACUACCUGGAUCCCCUCCCACCGUGGUGCAUUCUGGGACGGCGCUGGGGCCCUCCAACACUCCCAUGCUGGGGGCGCCCCUGCCCUGCUCCACAUUCCUCCCCCGGCCUGAUCGCAGACUGGCCGUGGUGGACCGCUGGAGGCUGCCCAAGGCUGGGACCGCCACCAACCCCAUGGCCGUGCGCGGGACCGUCGCAGACAUGGGACCCUUCCCCCAGAAGGUGGCUCCGACCUGGGGUACGACAGCUGGAGGAGUGGGAGUUGGUGGUGGUGGGGGGCUGGAUGGAUAUAAACGCUACUAUGGACCCAUCGACCCUGAGGGUCUGGGGCCCUGUAUGGACCAGCCGGCAGGGUCCCAGACCCCCAAAACAGCCCCCAGGAGCCACCCUCAACCCCCUCCCGCCACUGUGGCCUUCUACUCAGAGAAAGGUCCUGACCAGGGGGUGGGGAGGAGGGUGGUGGGAGGUGGUGGUGCUGGGUGUCAGGGGAAGGGAGGGGUCAAACCUUUGGGGACGCCUCGGCUACCUCCUAAAAGCCAAGUUGUGGGCGUGACCCCAGUCCCUCUACCCACUAACCCCCCGCUGCCACAACCCUCACCCCCCCUCCCCUCAUCCUUUUGGAGGAAGCGCCGGCCCAAGAAGCCCAAAGAGCCAGGCGGGCCUCUAGCACGCGGGAAGGUUUGGACGCAGAGGACGAUGAUGAGGAUGAGGAGCUGA